UAAUGCUAAAAACUGGAGAAAUAGUGGAGGUUAAAAAUUUUUGUUCUAGUCGUAAUACUGUUGUUUUUUUGGGUGUUGAAUUUCUAGAAAAAAGAUCUUUUUCAAAAAUACCCUGUGAUUUAAUAAAAUUUGGUAUUUAUUGCCUUGAUCGAAAUGUAAUUGGUGGUGAACUAAAGAUGUAUUUAACGUCCUCCAUUUUUGCAAAAGUAUUUCUAAUUCCCUAUAAGAACAAUCGAUACAUUUCAUAUCCAUUAAUCCAUACUCAGCAAAAAAUUGAAUAAAAAUCUUGAUAAAAAUAUUUUGUAUAUUGUACAUUUUCUGAAGAACUCGAAGGAAAUAGUCAAGUAGCCCACCAGCAACAUGUGGGCUGUGGUGAAUUUUGAUGAAGAAAAUGCUGUGGAAGUCGUUCCAUAUUCAUGGAUCAUAGAAAAAAAUAAUAAAUGUUACUGGCCCAGAAACUUGACAAAGGAUCAAACUGCAGAGGCUAUUAAAAAUCUUGUAGAUCCACAAUCGGAUUGGGUUGCAUAUCGAAUGAGAAUUUUGGGAAAAUAUGAUACUUUCGAAAAAGCCAAUAAAAAAGCUUCUAAGGCUCAGAAUACUGACAUUUUGACUUCAACUAAUGAUGACGAGGCAGUUUUAAAAAAGAGAAAGAGAGUAAAACCACCGAAAUAUGUAUCAGAAAGCUCGUCAGAAAUUUCUAGUGGCACAGAAACAAAAACCAAAGCAAAACACAAUCGUGAAUCAUCAGGGUAUAACCUGAGAUCUUCAGCCUCCAGUGUCACAGAAAACGAAGAUACAUCAUUAAUCAAAAAACCCCCCAGGUUCCCUAACAUCGAAAAAAAUCAAUCAGUUUUGACCAAAAAAAGCGGUGCAUCACAAGUUUCCCUUGAUGUAAAUGAAAUUAAUGGCAGUCCGUCAGGUAGUUCCACUCAUUCAGCACCUCUGAUGGAUAUGGAUGGAAAAAAUAAUAGAAACUCUUCAGGAAGUCUAUUCAAACCUACCAAGAAACCUACUCAAUUAAAUGUUCGAAAAGCAUUUAAACGCUUGGUGUUGAGACAGCUGUAUUCAAUCCAAGACAGGCUAGAUACCCAAGCGAAGCUUUUAAAGAAGCUUGGAAAGAAAAUUGAUAAUAAUGGACAAGAAAUUCUGGAAAAUGAUGAAAAUGUAUUGAUUGACAUCACAUUUCCUCUAUCACAUUCUCUACAAAUGGAAGAAUUGGAGGAGUUUCUGAAAUCAGAUAAUAAUUGUACUUCUUUGGUAAAACUUCUUACUCGCUUAGGAGGAUCGAGUGUAAAAGUUAUGACAACGCGCAUUCUAUACCAUGUAUUAACGAAUGAAGUAGCAAUGGAGUAUAGUUGGGAGGGACAGAAAGGAAAAAAAAAGUUCAAAGAGUUAAAAUUAGCCAAUGUAAUUUUCAAAGCAGUACGCGGGAAUCAACGGACACAACUAGCUCAGGACGACGAAAUAAUAAAAUACAUCAAAGGAUUUCUUGUUAGGGCCAAGGAACGUACAAAAAAAAAAAAAGAAGAAGUAGAAAAUAAUGCUGAUGCUGAUACCAGGGGAGAAGAAGGAGCUUGAAUGUACAAUACAUACAUACAUUUCAUAUACCUACCUAUUGAAGAAUCAAUUUUUUAUUUUUUUAUAAGUACAUAAUAUGUG